UGCAACUUUUCACCUUUCCAACUACCACUUCAACGGCUCAGUAAAAACGGACUACUUCCGUCCCCAUGGCUAAAAAACGAGCGCAAAAUUCCAAACGGGCAAGCAGUGCAUUAAAUAUUUCAGAUGGGCCAGUUCUCGGAAUCAGUAAACUAAAGAGUCAACUCCGCCAAGCAAAACGGCUUCUACUUAAGGACGGUCUGAGUCCAGAACUGAGGAGCACCACAGAGAAAAGAAUAGAACAACUGCAGGCGUCGAUGGAGCAUGUUCCAAGUAAAGAACAGGAACGACGAAAUGCGAUCAAGUACCAUCGAAUCAAGUUUUUCGAUCGGAAAAAGGUGGAUCGGCGAUUGAAAAAAGUACUCACUCAACUAGACCAACUCAACUCAACUAAAAACCCGAAGAAAAGUCAGCAGCAGAAGCUCGAGCUUGAAGCCCAACACCUCCGCAUAGACCUGAACUAUAUCCGACAUUAUCCCAAACAUCUCAAAUACGUUUCCCUCUGCCCUGGCGGAGAAUACAAAGAUCAUGAAACCACCACCACCUCAUCACUUCCAGACGCUACCCCAUCAAGCAAGGAGCCCGAUGGACUAAGGAGUUAUGUUCGAAUCUUAAUUCAUCAGUCGAUGGAGUCCGGAACACUGAGUAAAACGCCAGACACAGACGAUCAGAAUGUGACUGAGGAGGCCGAUGAAUUAGAACUUUCUAACGUGGCGGCGGAAGAUGACGAGUUUUUCGAGCAUGAUGGCGAUUGAGGACAUUUGUAGAGCUACGUUGCACAGGAAGCAUUGCAAAUAUUUAUGUGAUCUCAACAUGCCUAAUGACAGAAAUAAGAAGCAGGCAAAUUUCCACAGACAACAGCUUUACCAAGAUUACUUGACAACAUUGUCCAUGUCUAUUUUUGCAUUAACUUCAUCUGUACUUGUAUUUUCGAUUUCUUUUCCUAUUGCACCGCAUCUCUUUGGGCCAAUCCUCUCAGUCUCUUUUCCUCUUUGGCAUGAUAGCAUUCAUGACCAGGAAAAAAGAGACCACUCACCAGCCUGGGAAAUGCUAGCCAUA